UUUAAAGUCUACUUUCAGUUUUAAAUCUUUCUUUUCAUACUAUCUAUUGAGAUUUCAUCAAAUAUUUAAAGGGAUUAUYAAUAUAUGCAUAAAUAUUCAUAUCUAUACUGACUUGUUUAAAAAUAUUAGUCAUAAUAAUGUACAGUUCUAAAUGGGAAUUAAAUAUUAAUGCUUAAACUUAAUAGAGUCACAUUAUGAAACAAUUCCUUCAGCAAUCAGUUCUUACAAAAUGGAGUCACUUUGUGAUCAUAAAACUGGUUUAGCGUUUUCUGGCGGUGGAGUCCGWUCAGCAGCCUUCUGUUCUGGUGUCCUACGAAGAUUACUACAAAAGAGAGUCACCAUCGACUUUUUGAGUAYCGUGUCCGGUGGUGGAUACACUGGGGCGUCGUACAUGGACUGGAAAUACCGUAACGGGAAAAAGGARGAUCCAGCCUGGCACAAAGAGUACUUUGAGAAUUUACGAAAGUACUCCAAUCAGUUUUGUGAUUGCUUUAAUCCACUCCGGGGAAUUGUGGAUGCUGUUUUCUUGGUGGUUGUUCUACUCUUUCUGUCAAUCGGACUUUCCUUAAUCAAAGCGUUUUCAUUCAUUAUCCCAGUAACCUUCAUUGUUGAUUCCUUGUUUGGAGACACACUUAGGGAUCAAUURARGUGCUGUAAUGCGGYUGAAAAUAGAGUAUUCGAAGAAAUUACUCGACAAAAACAGCUCAAAUCAACUCAAAUCCCAAACUUUGGUCCUGAAAUUAAAGAAUUGCUCCAGAUCAGCCUUCCUAUGCUAYCAAUGUUUGUUAUUUCCUACUAUCUCACCACAGUAAUACAACYACGAACCGUGAAAUAUUUCCUUACUUUCCAGUAUCGCAUAUCUGGGUUUGGUUUUGCUAUGGUUUUCCUCCCUUGGUGCCUGCAACUGUAUGAGUACUUCGCGGCACCUUCAUGGGUUAAUUAUGCUGUAUUAGGGUUUUUCUUUMCAGUAUGGAUAUUUAUUCCUUCCUUGAAAGACGAGGCCUUUACAGCACUGAUCGCCUUGGUGUAUGCUUACGGUGUUAAGUGGACCGUCUUCAAGACUCCGUUAGCUGGGGUAGAAUACACGGAUGAACUCUACUGGAUGUUGGUUUGGAUUUCAGUGGUAUUACUCUGGAUCCAUCCGUACCUAGAUAUUUUACAGAUGUAUGGCGCUCAUCUAUUAGUGGAAUGGAGGCUGAUGAGGGCAUUAUUUUCCKCUGAGAGUAAAGCGGCGAUCUGCUGUCACUCAACUAAAGGAAAGAAGCCUUUAACUUUGGCGGAUCUGAAAGAAAUGCAACCAAAUUUCGAAUGCAGCGUAACAGUGAAUCAAUGGCGUCGUAGUGAUAAGUCUGAAAAGGACUAUGAGAUACUCACCUUUUCUCCCACCGUCAUUGAGCGRAUUGAUCGUAAUSAAGACGAAGUAGAUUCUCAAUCAAAGGGAUUCAUAAAACCAGAAGAUCUUCGACUCUCUUCUGUCAUGACAACGUCUGCCUCUGUUUUCGCAUAUGAUGAUGGUGAAUAUCAAAAAAUUCACGACAAUACGCGUGAGAUAAGAGUGGUACUUGGCUUUGGGUUCGGGAAUCAUUUGGUGGCACAAACUGGACUCACCAAAAACUGGAUGCCUUGGGUCGUAACAUUCUUUGUUCAAGGGAUAUUCGGUUCAGCGAUCAUUGCCUUUCCCAUAGCAUUGUACGUUGGAACAGAAAAWUUGGAUUUGCGUAUAUGGAAAAUCGUCAUGUUGGUUCURCUUGUGUCUUAUUACCUACUUUUCGGCUUUAUUGCUAUAUUGCCGAUAAGAAAAAAAGGAGUCUGUACAACAUUAAUCAGGUGGUGCAUCAUUAAUGUCCUUCCUGUGAGGAUCCUGAGGACMCUYUUCGACAUAACUGAUGUUGGAARCACACCUCCUCCUGUCUGGUCUCUCAGCGAUGGCGGUCACUCUGAGAARCUGGGUCUGCUUCCACUGCUGAAACUCCGCCUACCACGUAURGUGYUCGUWAAUGGAGGUGCCCUUUCAACUGGUGGAACAUAUGCCACUUCUCUGCUUGAUGCGAUGAAACAAGCUCGGAAUAAGCUAAGGUGUUCUUUCUCGGGGCUCAGCGGUCGGGACAUUGUCGAAGAUAUUCGUGAUAACUUCGUAGAAACAGAAAAAGGCAAACAGCCGAGGAGUUAUCGAUUCAAAGUUCAGUAUUAUGAGAAAGAUGGUUAUGACUGUAAGCUUGUUGGUGAAGGCGAGGUUUUGAUGUUAAUGCCAAGACACCCAGACGAUGGAAUGAAACAAUUUCAAGAUUYRAAAUGGAGCGAUUUUGAUGGUGACGUCAAACUAGACUUGGACGAGUCCCUUUGGGGUCCAGGACCAGCUUUGACGGCGUCCGAAGUUGAUCGCCUGUCAGGAUGCUGCUUUGAGUGUUGUCAUUCCAAGCGUUGCAUCCCAAUUCCUUCAUUGGGAAAAUUUCCUUUCCAUGCGACCCUAAACCAGUUGUUCACGUCCUCUCAAUACACCGCGUACCACAGAGAAGGCUAUCACGCAUGCGUUGAGGCUGAGGUAGCCGAGUUUCUUAACAAAUGUCGAAGUAGCGAAGUCGUCACAGUUCAACCUCAAGGCACUGAAUUUAAAUCCUAAUUGAUUGACGUUUCGAUGGAAUUU